GUUGCAUUGUCAUUGGCUAAUGGUAAUGCAGUAGCAUCGGCCACUUCCCAGGCACCAUGUAUCAGACUUUCCAAUGUGCAGGCCAUUAUGGGAGAAACGUCAUCUUCACCUUGCAUGGCUAUAGCUACUGUCAUCGGACCCUUUCACAUCCCAAUGAUCAGCCAUUUUGCUACUUGUGCUUGUCUCAGUGAUAAAACCAAGUACCCAUCCUUCCUCAGAACCAUACCCAGUGACUACUACCAGAGCAGGGCCAUGGCCCAGUUGGUCAAGCAUUUUGGUUGGACUUGGGUUGGAGCUAUUAGAACAAAUGAUGAUUAUGGUAAUAAUGGCAUGGCCACAUUUAUAGAAACCGCACGGCAGCUGGGGAUCUGUCUGGAGUACUCUGUGUCUUUCUUUAGAACAGAUCCACCAGAUAAAAUACAAAAGAUAAUUGACACUAUCAAGACUUCUACUUCCAAGGUUAUUGUGGCUUUCCUCUCCCACAUGGAUAUGGAUGUGUUAUUACAUGAGUUUUCCCACAACAACUUGACUGGGUACCAGUGGGUAGGCAGCGAGGGCUGGAUAUUUGAUUCACACACUGCCGCAAUGGAUAGGCAUCACAUUUUGGAUGGUGCCAUAGGCCUGUCGAUCCCCAAAGCACAUGUCAGUGGCAUUAGAGAGUUCAUGUUGGAUGUAAAGCCGCUCAAUUCAUCUAGUAAUGAAAUGUUUACAGAGUUUUGGGAAGCAUUAUUUAGCUGUAAGUUCAGGCAGUCACAGCCAUCAUCAGGACAUCUGAGACAAUGUACUGGACAUGAAAAUCUGACUGGAGUACAAAACAGCUUUACUGAUAUGUCACUGAUGCCAAUCUUUAACAAUGUAUACAAAGGAGUGUAUGCUGUGGCUCACACACUUCAUAGUAUUCUCAACUGCAAAGAAACCUGUAACAACACAGUGCAGCUUGAUCCAUAUAAGAUUUUACAGCUUCUGAAAAAGAUUCAGUUCAAAACAAAGGACGGAGAUGAGGUUUACUUUAAUGAGGAUGGAGACCCAGCAGCAAAGCAAACAGCUACAUCUGCAAAAUAGGUCUUUGAUAUGGGCCCAAAAC